AUGAUGAACAACAAUGCAUUUCCUUUCCCUUCUACUUCGGGUGGAAACUCUUAUACAACACAAUCAUCAUCACUAUCCAGCAACAACAACCAUCAUGGUAGUACAAUGACCAGAGCACCUGUUUUGAAGAAAAUAACAUCCAUCAUUACCAGUGGCGCUGAAUUAUACGGUGGAUACAGAAGUAGCUCGGCACCACCACAAGAAAGUCUCGAUGAGCAAUCAAGUACACCCACAAAUACGAACACCAAUGAAUUGAGUAUUCGUUCAAACCCUCAAUACUAUGAUUAUUAUUAUUCAAAUAAGAAUCUCAAUCCGAGACUACCUCCACCUAUUCUAACAACAAACAAUGCAUGGAGAAAGGACACUAUUCUGCCAGCAACAACCGCAUCAACAGUGAAUGAAUUUAACCCUCCGAAUUCACCUGGAGCUGUUGGUGAUGAAAAGAAAUACAAGGCAAGAUCAUCAGCUCUCGAUCAAAUUCAACAGGAUUUCCCAAGAACACCCUCCCCUGUUUUCAGCCUAUCCUCUAAAGAACAAUCAUCACCAUCACAGCCAUUUAUAUCCACGAGUCAUCAUCAUCAGAACAAUCACAACAAUAAUGGCUCUCAUGUAACGGUUGCAUCCAUUUUGCAGCAACAUGAUAUGGUUCCUUCAAGUGUUGUACACCAUCAUCAACAACAGCAUCAUCAACACCAUAACAACAAUUACGGAACUAAAGGUGGUAAAAAGAAUGAUAAUACUCGAGGCAACAGCUAUCAUCCAUCUACUCAUACGUAUGACCCAAACCAGAACAGAAAUCUGCCUCCACAACAGUACAGCGUUCCAUAUCAAGUAAUGUCAGCAGAACAUAGCAGUGAUAUACAUUCAUCAUCAGAUGAACAACAACAACUCAACGAGCUAUUCCAACAAAUGAACAUGAAUUGGGAUGCCGCUUCAAAUAAUCCUGGCUAUCCGCCAAUGAUGUAUCCGAAUGGCCAACCUCCAGUGGAGUACUAUCCUCCUCAUCACUAUGGAAGUAAUGUAAUACUUGUUAGACCUCAACCACAGCCACAUUCCGCCGAGCAAGGUAUGCGAGCAAUACCUCCCACUUAUUAUGUGCCACCCAACGGAGUUCCAUAUUUCAUUCCUCCAUCUUAUGUGGUUCCACAGAAUUCUCAACCUCCACAUAUGAAUGUUCCAGUUGUAGAUAAUAGUAGACAAACAACACAACACAUGGUCCCUCCUCAUGGAUCCAACCCCCAAUAUCAUAAUGGCACAUGGUCUGGUACUUCUCAAACGCAUUUCCAUCCUUCUCAAACAUCAGCCAAAACUACCAGUAAUAACAGUGGCCAUAUUCCUUCUACGGCAACAGUUGGAAGCUAUCAUUCUACUAGUGGACAUCAUCAUGUAUCAAAUAAUAACAACAAUCUAUCGUCAUCGCCACAUACUGGCUCACCAGUGAGCAAUGCAUCGAGUGGCAAUAACAAACAUAGAGGUGAUAAAAUUGAAAAUCAUUCUUCAAGAAAGCCGCCACGUGGAAACCACUCAAAUUCCAACACCGCUUAUAAUUCCUCAACGACUGAACAUGUACCAAUGUCUGCAUUAAUGGACGAGUUUAAGAAUGGUAGAUCUGGUCGGAAAUAUGAGCUCUCUGACAUUGUAGGUCAUGUUGUUGAAUUCUCAAGAGAUCAGCACGGAUCAAGAUUUAUUCAACAAAAGUUGGAAAAAGCUUCAAAUAAUGAAAAGGAGUUGAUCUUCAAAGAAAUUCAGCCCCAUGCUCAAUCUCUCAUGAUGGACGUAUUUGGAAAUUAUGUUAUCCAAAAAUUCUUUGAGUUUGGAAACGUUCAACAAAGAAAAAAGCUUGCUAAGGAAUUACAAGGAAAUGUUCUUAAUUUGACACUACAAACAUAUGGUUGUAGAGUUAUUCAAAAAGCAUUGGACGUUAUUGACAAUGAGGAUAAGGAGUUUAUUGUAAAUGAAUUGAAGGGAAAUGUUAUGCGUUGUGUUCAAGACCAAAAUGGAAAUCACGUAAUUCAGAAAUGUUUUGAAAGAGUUCCACACAAAAUGAUUCAAUUUAUAGUUGAUGGAUUUAAAGGAAAGGUUUACGAACAGGCUAUUCAUAUAUAUGGUUGCCGUGUAAUUCAACGUAUCUUGGAACACUGUACAGAAACACAAACUGCUCCAAUUUUGCAAGAGAUUUUAGAAAACGUUUCCCGUUUAGUUGUUGACCCAUAUGGUAAUUAUGUUGUUCAACAUGUGUUGAGCAAUGGAAAGCCAUCCUACAAGUCUCAAAUAAUUUCCGCCUUAAGCAAAGACAUUCAAACAUUAUCAUCGAACAAGUUUGCCUCAAAUGUUAUCGAAAAAUGUUUUCAACAAGCAAACAAGAAGGAAAGGGAUAACAUGGUAGCAGAGUUAAUUGGAGAUUUGCAAACCCAAGACUUUGCAGAUACACCCUUUUUCGCAAUGAUGAAGGAUCAAUUUGCGAACUAUGUGAUCCAAAAAAUCAUCGAAACUUGUGAUCCUGCACAAAGACGAACGAUUACAGAAGCAAUUAGACCACAUCAAGAAAAGAUCAAAAAACUACCAUUCGGAAAGCACAUCCUUGCAACCAUUGCUCAGUUCGAAGAAUUGUGA